AUGGUAGACAGUCCGAUAACUAAUCCUAUCAUUGGGGGCUUUGCUCCAGACCCCUCGCUGAUCCUCGUCGAUGGCACAUACUUCCUCGUCAACUCAACGUUCCAUCUCUUCUCCAAGUCCUCUACCCUGAUCCACGGUCUUGACAACGAGGAUCACCUCUACGCAACAGGCGGUCUCUACGCGCCGACGAUACGGUUUCAUAAUGGCACCUUCUAUAUCGUGUGCACGAAUGUGGUGAAUGACGGGAAAGAGGGCAAGGAAAGUACGCUGCAGAACUUCAUCAUCUCCACCACGGACAUCCACGCCAGUAAAUGGAGCGACCCCGUCUACUUCGACUUCUACGGCAUCGACCCCAGUCUAUUCUUCGACCCAACCACCGGGAAGGCGUAUCUCUGCGGUUCCAAGUCUCCAGGUCCGGAAACCAAAAUCACGCUUUUCGAAAUCGACGUCAAUACCGGAAAGAGAUUGAGCGAGGAAAGACAGCUGUGGCACGGUACCGGUGGCAUUUACCCUGAGGGCCCACAUAUAUACUUCCGAAAUGGGCUCUACUACCUGAUGAUUGCAGAGGGAGGUACGCAUGAGGGGCACAGCGUCACCAUGGCGCGAAGCAAAAGUCUCGAAGGCCCGUGGGAGGCAUCGCCCAAGAACCCUAUAUUGAGCGCUGCGGGAACAAGUGAGUACAUACAGGCCACUGGUCAUUGCGAGGCUUUCGAAGAUAAAGAAGGGCAAUGGUGGGGUGUUUGUCUUGGUAUCAGAAUGGGUGCUCCCAACUUAUACGGCCUUGGACGCGAGACAUUCCUCACAAGAGGAACAUGGAGUGAUGAUGGCUGGCUCAGUUUCGAUCGCGCGAAGGUUAACAUCGAAAAUUUGAGCGUUGUACCGGAUUCAUCGAGAAGACUUACCGCCGCUCCUGGCGUUGACUUCCUCUAUAUUCACUAUCCCGUGCUGUCUCGCUAUAAGAUUCGCGACCGGCAAAUUACGCUCACCGCUUCUCCGGACGGUCUGAACUCUGCCAAUGCUUCGCCCUCAUUUGUUGGUAAGCGUCAACGACGUUUGGAGGGCACAAGUAGCGCUACCCUUCUACCCCCUGCGCACACUUCCACCCCGAUCACCGCAGGACUGGCCGUCUACAAAGAUGAACAUCGCUUCUUCUCCUUAUCAUACACGACCUCGUCCAACGCGUCAUCCCCUACCAUCCAAUUCCACAUCUUCAAUAAAGCAAAGAGCAUCGAUCGCCAAGACAGCGCCAACCUAGACACCGCACCCCAAACUCUGCAGCUCACGUUCGAGUAUUCAGAGACCAAAUACAAGCUGUCCUAUCGCGCCGACAGUGGAGAGGUUAAGGAGUUUGCCCAAGUAUCCACAAUGGACCUGAGCGACAAAGAUUUCGUAGGACCGAUUGUCGGUAUAUUCGCGGAGGGGAGUGGGGAGAUUGACUUCCACGAUUUUGUGAUAGACAGCGCAUCAUCGCAGCGGGCCGUUUGA